CCCGUUCAUUAAUUUCUCUCCUAGGGUUCUUUUGUGAAGGGAUUUCCUUUGAUAAUCCUAUCAUUUUUCUGCAAUCCUUCGAAUCUUUGUGAUCGAUAGCGAGAGUGAUGGCUUCGGAUGAAGGAAAGAAGGUCACUUUGAAGAGCUCGGAUGGCGAAGAGUUCUUGGUGGAAGAAACUGUAGCGAUGGAGUCUCAGACGAUCCGUCACAUGAUAGAGGAUGGAUGCGCGGAUAGCGGGAUCCCGCUCCCCAACGUCAACAGUAAGAUCCUUUCGAAGGUUAUCGAGUAUUGCAAGAAGCACGUCGAGUCGGCUGCCAAGGCCGCUGCGGCCGGCGGUGGCGAUGAGAAGACUGCCGAAGAGGAUCUUAAGGGCUGGGACUCUGAUUUUGUGAAGGUUGACCAGGCCACGUUGUUCGAUCUUAUUUUGGCAGCAAACUAUUUGAACAUCAAAGGCCUUCUGGACUUGACCUGCCAAACCGUAGCAGAUAUGAUUAAGGGUAAAACUCCUGAAGAGAUUCGUAAGACCUUUAACAUCAAGAACGACUUCACCCCCGAGGAAGAGGAGGAGAUUCGGAGGGAGAAUCAAUGGGCAUUUGAGUGAAGUGGUGCCAGUCUCUUUUUAUUUUUAUUUACGAUCUCUUGGAGUGAAGUAAUGCUGCUAUCUUUUUUUAAUUAACUCUAUCUUGUAUCGUCGUUAAAAAUUAGAUUUCUCUCGUCUUCUCCAUACUUGAUUGCACUGGUUGUCUUAUAUUUGUUGCAAGUUGUUAAGAAUGUAGUAACAACAGCAGAUCUGUCCGCUGAAACUCUUUUGACUGCAAAUUUAAGCUAUUAUCAUCUUCUUUCAA